AUUUUGCGGGGGGGGGAGGGAAGCGGCGAGUGGCGGGGACCCAGACUGAGGGCGUUGGGAGUGGAGAGUGGGGACAGGGCGCACCUUCCGGCAGGGACGGGAGCGGUGCCUGCCGCGGCUGAGGGAAAGGCGGUUCCGGCGGCGCGGCCCGAGGCUCUGGGCCCAGGGAUCCCGCUUGCUCUCGGGAGGGAGGGGACGGGUCCGUCACCGAAUCGAGGCUAGUCGAUUUCCCCGCCCCCCCCUUGGCCGACAUCGCCCGAUUCGGGCCCCGAUUGGGUUGGAGAAAAUGUCCAGGCCGGUCAGGAACAGGAAGGUGGUCGAUUAUUCACAGUUUCAGGAAUCAGACGAUGCUGAUGAAGAUUAUGGAAGAGAUUCUGGCCCUCCAGCCAAGAAAAUCCGUUCAUCUCCCCGGGAGGCUAAAAAUAAGAGGCGGCCUGGAAAGAAUUCUCAGGAGGACAGUGAGGAUUCAGAAGAAAAAGAUGUGAAGACCAAGAAAGAUGAUUCACACUCUCCAGAUGAAGACUUUGGCAGCGAGGAUGAUGACUUAGGAGCAGAUGAUGGCAAAGCUGACAGUGACUAUGAGAGCUCUCAAAAAAGCAAAAAAGCAAAAAAAGCCAAACCUGAAAAGAACAAGAGAGCCUCCAAAUCCAGGAAAAGGGCUGCAGAGGACAGUGAGGAUGAGAAAGAAGACCACAAAAACGUCCGCCAGCAACGGCAGGCAGCAUCCAAAGCAGCUUCCAAGCAACGAGAGAUGCUUAUGGAUGAUGUGGGCAGUGAGGAGGAAGAGCAGGAGGAGGAGGAGGCACCAUUCCAGGAGAAAGAUUCUGGCAGUGAUGAAGACUUCCUCAUGGAAGAUGAUGAUGAUAGUGAUUAUGGCAGUUCAAAAAAGAACAAAAAAAAGGUGGCCAAGAAAUCCAAGCCAGAGAGGAAAGAAAAGAAAAUGCCUAAGCCCAGGCUAAAGGCUACAGUGACACCCAGUCCGGUGAAAGGCAAAGGGAAAGCAGGCCGCCCCACAGCUUCAAAGGCAUCAAAAGAGAAGACCCCAUCUCCCAAAGAAGAAGAUGAAGAGCCUGAGAGCCCCCCAGAAAAGAAAAAAAAAUCAGCCAGCCCUCCACCAGAGAAAUCGGGGGAUGAAGGGUCUGAAGAUGAAGCAGCCUCUGGUGAAGAUUAAA